UUUUUAAUAUUCGAUAUAUUUGUAUAGAUCGGACUCAUGAAUGAAGUUUUGUUUUGAUACGAAGGGGUAUUUUAUCAAAAGGAUAAAAUGUAAUGUACAAUAAUAUCAUACAGCGUUAUACCAUUACAAAUUCAUUGACUGAAAUUCAUUGACGCGUGGCAAAUAAACCACUAUAUUUGUAUGGCAGACACCAGAUACGAAACUGUACUACCGAUCUGAUCGUUGUGUGGAGUGGUUAUAAUAACAGUGUAAUAGAAAAUCUCGAUUUUGAGCAGGAGGAAUUUAUAGCACUUCCUGGCAUAUGAUAUGGGUUUUAAACAGUUUUUAAGACAAAUUAAUGAAUGGAAAAAUUUGCUUAUAGUUGUGUUAUUGCCUAUUAUACUCCUUCCUCUACCGGUUCACGGACAGACCUCGGUAGCAAAAUGUGCCUACGCAGUGAUAAUCAUCGGCGUGUUUUGGGUGAUGGAAGUGAUGCCAAUUGCUGUGACGUCACUGAUACCUAUUUUUAUUUUCCCAAUCCUUGGUAUUAUGCCGUCAAGUGAAGUUUGUGUCAACUAUGCAAAUGACACGCUUAUGUUAUUUAUGGGCAGUUUGGUCGUGGCUGCUGCGGUCGAAAGAUGGAAUCUACACAAAAGGAUCGCACUCAGGGCUCUCACAUUAGUAGGACCGGAACCCAGAUGGUUAAUGUUGGGAGUUAUGUUGCCGACAUGGUUUUUGUCAAUGUGGAUGUCAAAUACAGCAACCACAGCGAUGAUGAUACCGAUUCUGAAUGCAAUACUGACACAGAUCAGGGAGGUCAAGCAGAAAGUUCACGAAGACAAAAGACGAGACAGUUACGAUGAAACGACCUGUCUGCAAGAAACUCAUAAUGGGCAUAUCCCUCAGGAACAUCCCAAGCGCGAGGUCAAGGUCAUGUUGGAGAUGGACAACAUUCUAGAACCGGGACAUCCUGUCACGCUUCUAGCUGAAAGCUCUAGUUUACAAGUGCCUGUUGAACAAGAAAGAUUCAAACGGGUUGAGAGCGACGCCAGUAUAAAUGCAGCAGAUUUUACCUCCCGGUCUAUGCUAACACAUCCAGUCGAAAACGACAGGCCAAUAACGAGAGAAAAUACGGCAUAUGAAAACAGUGCUAAAUGUGAAGACGAAAAAGAGUAUGAACAACUGGCUAAAACCUUUGCUCUUUGUACCGCUUAUGCGGCCAACGCUGGAGGGAUAGCCACACUGACCGGAACACCGCCAAAUAUCAUUUUGAAAGGUCAAGCCGAUAUACCGAUGUCGAACAACACCCGUCGAGGAGAAAGAUCAAAUAUGCAAGCUGAGACUGAUAGAGAGUUUGAAGAAUUGGCAAAGACUUUUGCAACGUGCGUCGCUUACGCAGCCAGCUGUGGAGGUGUGGCUACAUUGACUGGAACGCCCCCAAAUAUAAUUUUAAAGGGACAAGCAGAUAUACUCUAUAACGAGUAUAAUAUACCGUCGGCAAUAACGUUUGCGAACUGGCUUGUCGUCGGCAUCCCAUUGUCUUUAAUCGUGUUCAUUGCAACUUGGAUAUGGUUACAAAUUUAUGCUCUUCGUAAAAAGUGCUUGUGUUGUGUGAAGUCUGAUGAUGAUUACAGUGCUGUCAAAGUUCACCUCAGACACGAAUAUCACAGACUCGGCCCAAUGAGCUUUGCGGAGAAGGUUGUUCUUUGUGAUUUUGUAAUGUUAGCACUUCUGUGGAUUAUGCGCAAUCCAGUUUUCAUGCCAGGCUGGGGAAAACUGUUUCCAGAAAGGUAUGUGCAAGAUUCAACAGCAGCGAUAUUUAUGUCUGUGAUGUUGUUUGUGCUGCCGAGUGACUUGCCAUUUCUUAAGAAAAAAGCUCAAAGAACUGACGAAUUAACAGCAAGACAUGCCUACAUUCCCUUGUUGACAUGGAAAUAUGUAAAUGAUAAAAUGGCAUGGGGUGUGCUGCUCCUGAUGGGUGGAGGAUUCGCCCUUGCCGAUGGCUGCAGCAAAUCUGGGUUGUCUUUGUGGUUAAGCGAUCAGCUGACAAUAUUUGCCGACCUGCCAGAUUGGCUUACCGCAGCUCUGCUGGCUUACAUCACAGCUGCUAUUACCAAUGUAACCAGUAAUGCUGCUACUGCAACACUCUUUCUACCUAUUGUUGGUGGUCUGGCCAUCCGCUUGGCGGUACAUCCCCUGUAUUUUAUGAUUCCUUGUGCGGUGGCAGCCUCGUUUGCAUUUAUGUUGCCUGUUGGAACUCCUCCCAAUGCAAUUGUUUUCUCUACUGGAUAUCUGAAAGUUUCUGACAUGAUGAAAGCUGGCUUUGUGAUCAACAUUAUAUCUGUGGGUAUAUUGUGCCUCGCUUUGAACUCGUUCAUCUACCCAGUGUUUGAUCUUGGCAAUAUACCCGACGCCUUCCUAUCUAACAAAACCUCAGGAGUCACUCAAGUCAUAACUGGUGUAAAUAAUACUUUAAGUUACAAUGUAACCAAUGCAGCCUCGUGAAUGAUAUAACCUAUGCAGCCUCAUGAAAGAAUAAACCUAUCAACGAAGUAACAACAACGGUACUGAUCGUUAUAAAAAUAUAGGAAUCUCGUAUGAAGAAGAAAUGUUUGAGACAAUAAACAUGGAUAUGUCAACAUAAAGUAACCAUGAAUUAUUUGAGUAAUGUCCGAUACAGAGCAAUAACACCAAUGCCCAACAGUAACUUCCAUGACAAACACGUUACGUGUGUGGCAGAACUAUACAUGUGUAACAUUCGUGACUCCAUGGCAUUCCAAACAUUUGUGAAAGAAGAUGUAACAUCCGUGACAAGACUAGUUUCAUCUGCUAUAGUGUAUUUACAUCCAUCACAAAAAUGUAUAUGUAUGAUAUUUAUGGAAGAAUGGUAAAACGCAUGACUUAUAAUAUUAUGGCAUAACCAAAUUAUCCAUGAAAAAAGUUGUAACAUCCGUUAUUAGAAAGGUUACAUACGUUACAAACUGUCACAGAGCAUAAACGGCCAUGCAAACAAAAUGUUAUUUCCUUGCAAUGGGUUUUUACGACUUAUUACAUUGAUAACGGGCGCUUCCGGUUGCUUUAAUUGAAUUGAAUAGUGUGUAUGUUAUACAUGUGUAUAAAUGAAUCUUAAUCACUGCUUAAGAUGUAUAUGUGAUAUGGCCUGCAAAAUAUUGUUGAUUUUUUUCUUCUAGAUCAAGAUAUUUAGCCGAAUCAUCUUCACCAUCUCUUCUUUUUUAAUGCGUUAGGUUAAUAAAAUCUGUUAGAAUGAGACUGCCAGUGGUUUUACAUCACAGUCAUCAGAAACCAAGUAUGAAAACAUUGAAAUCUUUAGUCGAAGAGUUCAAAUAUUAGCGCUACACUAAUGCUGUCAUCUUGUUGUAGUUGAUAUGUUUGUUAAGUGUUGAUGCAGUUACGUAAACUUUUUGUUCUCGAUAUCAAAAAGUUAGUAUUUUCACACUGGCGCAGUAUUUCGCGAUAUCAGCCAGUUGCUAUUUGCACACUGGCGUAGUAGUUCGCGAUAUUGGCCAGUUGCUAUUUGCACACUGGCGUAGUAGUUCACGAUAUUAGCCAGUGGCUAUUUUCACACUGGCGUAGUAUUUUGCGAUAUUAGCCAUUUGCUAUUUGUACACUGGCGUAGAAUUUUGCAGUAUCAGCCAGUUGCUAUUUGCACACUGGCGUAACAGUUCGCGAUAUUUGCCUGUUGUUAUUUGUACGUCGGUGCAGUAUUUCGCGAUAUUUGCCAGUUGUUAUUUGCAUACUGGCGUAGUAUUUCGCGAUAUUUUCCAGUAGUUAUUAGCAAACAGGUGCAGCAUUUCGAGAUAUGAGCCGGCGAUUGCACACCGGCGCUAACACCAUCACGAAUGGUUAUUGCUCGCAAAAAAGUCUAUUUAUAAAUAUUUGGAUACUCUCCUCUUGAAUUCCACUUAUCUUUACACGAUAUUUGUCUAAGGCUCAAAUAACAUAUAUAUAUAUAUAUAUAUAUACAGUAGGUUUUAUGCUAUUUUUAUCGAUUUGUGGUUUGAAUGAGUGUUGGGAUGUGUAUUGUUAUAUUGCACACACUCUAAUAUAAUUUGACAUUUCAAAUGGUUAGUCAAAUGAAUUUAUCUCAGGAAAUACUGUUUCAUUGAUUUUUAGUGAUUUAAAUUGCUUGUAUAAUUGUAACCAAGAUCGAUAUAUGUAUAAUCUGGAUCUUUAUUUAUGUGUGUGAUAUUUAUUAUAAUCUUGGCGUGGGUAUUGGUCAUGCAAAUUUUUCUUGUAAUAUUUACAUGCAGUUUCUAUGUCAACAUAUGUAUAUAAAGCAUACAAUGGAAUGCAGAAUCAUACAAUAGUAUGUAAAUAUUUCAUGUUUUUUUUUUGAAAAUUUUUAAAAAGAGUUUUGAAAUUCUUAAUGGUUUCAUAGACUAAGUUUAUAUUUGCAUGAACAUGAAUUGCUUAUUACUUGCCAUGGAAAUUAUUUACCCUGUUAUGUAACUUUAAGGCAGUGAACCCAUAUUGACACUCGGCAAUUUCCGUGUAAUUACGUAUUUUCGUUCGUAAAUAUAGCUUAUAUGAACAGCCGGGCAUUGCCGAAAUUACUUACGAAAUUCAAAGGAAAUUACCGUCUGUUUUUAUAGAUUCGCUACCUUAAAGAAUUCUUAUUUACACACAUAUAACAUUGCAUUUUAAAGAAUGUUUGAAAUUUAUCAUAUUGAUGUCUAAAACAGCACGUGCGAGGAUAGAGAAUUAUGCUCGGAUAUCAACUUGUCUUGAGUUACAUUUCAAAGAGGUAUUAUAUCAAUGUCUGGUAUUUUUGGAGACAAUGCACGUGUAAAAAUUUCAUACCUGACAUAUUCAGAAAUUGAAAAUAUGCUUAACUGCUUCAAGUUUUGAUUGUUAUAUCAGCAUGUUGAAGAAAGCGCGCACAUUCGAAUUAAUGUUCAUGUGUACUAAACUUCUUAAAGAAUCUGUUUUCCUCUAAAAUACCAUACCGAACUGUACAAGUUAUUUUCUAUGUAUUUCCAGUCAUAUUAGGCUGAUUAUUAUAUGUUGAUUAUAUAAAAGAGAGACCAUUUAACUCUAUUUGCUCAAAUUUGAUAACAGUAGAAAUGCCAAUCGAAAUUGUCGUCUGCAGACAGUACAUGUUACAUAUCACGUCAUAUACUAAUUUAUGAUUUUAUGCGAAUUUAGUAUUUGUUAUUAAAAAAAAAUUCCAGAUUGACUAAAAAUAGAAGUUUUAUAGUCAGUCUGUUCUUUUAAGAUUUUUUGCGAUUGGCUUAUUUUAAGGCAGCAAUUUAAUGAAACAAAGCAAUGCAAUAAUUUCACUUCCGUUGUGUGUGAAGUCUAUGAAAAGAUAUGACUAUUUAAAUUCAUGUGUGUUGUGCAUAAUAACAUGACAUGAAUACUAAACUCAUGUGUUAUGCAAAUAACAUGGCUUGACAAUUUACUUCAUGUAUGUUAUGCACAUAGCAUAACAUGACUCUUUUAUUUAUAUGUGUUAUGCAAAUAACAUAACAUUACUGAUUAUGCUAAUGUGUGUUAUGCAAAAAAAUAUAGAAACAAUCCUGUACAGAGUAGUGUAGGUGUUGUGACAAAAGAUCAUCAAAUCAUUGUACAUCGAGCUUUGUUUUUGGUAGUUAAAUCAACAUUUUCAAUAAGUCCGUUAAUUGUGUAGAAAGAAAUAAAGAAACGGUUUUGAAUAAAGUGUGAAUUACAAAGUUCAGUGAAAUAUACCUAGUAAUCUCAUAGUGAAAAAUACCAUUUUUUCACUGGCUGCACGACCGGGGCCAAAUACAUAAAAUUUAGUCCAGAACGUAAAAAAGAUGACAGAAAAAAGAAAUGUGUCUGUUUUAUAUGUGAAAUCAGAGUAUCUUUCAUGUGAACGCCAAGUCCGAUAUUUUCACAAAUGGCUGCGCCGCUGGUGAAAACAUUGCAUCUUGUGUGACUAAUCAUUUAAUCGUACAUUGAAACUAUCACAGAUGAAUUUUAAAUUAUGUUAAUACUUUCGUUUUUUCUUUGCAAAUCGCCAAAAACAUGUCUUUGAUGGUUUUAUGUUGUAUGUUACUAUUUAUAUUUGAUCGUGACGUCAUCAGUUAAUUUUAUCUGAUGUUAUGUAGCCAUUGUGAAUCAGACUCCUUGCAAAGUUAUCUCCCAUUUAAUUAUCUUGUUAAGAAGUAAUUGACCUCAUUUGCUCCUGUUAUUACUUUUUCUUUAUAAUAUGCAUUUUAAGUCGAAAAACAAAUUUAAACGGGCUUCUAUUUUUUCGAGACAAUCAUUGAAUGAAAAUUUUAAUGUACGGCGUCCUUUGACAUUUUUAUGCUUUCACUGGAACGUCUUUUAUAUGCUAGAUUUUCUUGUAGACAUGCCUUAAUAUAUACAAACUUUUGAACUUAAUGUUUACAUACACUAUAUGCAGUAAUUGUUCACAUUUUCAAAUUUGAUAUUUGGGACUUUUAAUACCUUUAAUCAGAUUUUUUUCUUUCUGUAUUGUUAGUGUCCAUUUACGGCAGGGCGCCUACCUAUACAGUCGGUCAGAUAUUGAGAAGUAUGCUAGCCCGAUUGUUUAAUUAACUAGGCGCCUUUGCGUUAUUGGAUUAUUGCACACUGAAUCCACAGUGGUUUGUUAAUUCACCCUGCAUGUGAAAUUUCUCUGAUCCGGGCAUGUGGAAAAGGCUUGUGAAUGUCACUGCUGAUUUAUGAGUGACGAACAGAGAUAUUUUUCACAUUUUAGAUUUUUACAUCGUUGACAUAGUGUACAUUUUAUAAGAAUCAUUACAUAAUGCAGUUGGUUUCUGGGUUGUUUUGUACAUACAAAAAUGCAUAAAUCCAGCUUUAGAAUAGGACCAAAAGUAUUUAUAAUAGUUCAUACUAUGUGAAAACGAUGUAAUCUUUUUUGAAAGGUUUCUUGUCGACAGUAUGCUUAAUUUUGCUAAAAGUAGAUGGUAUGGUGCGGAUUUUCAUGCUCGCUUUAAUUAAAACACUAUUGUUUGAUCCACCCUGUCCAUAACAAGGAUUUUCUUUGAUUUCUCUUUAGCUGUUAGAAAAAGUUAUCAAUAUUAUACGCCAUUUUAAAGAACUCGAAGUGGUGAGAGUGACUUUUUAAAUGUUUAAGAUAUUUCGAUUAUUUUGUAAUUGAUCGUGAAAAAAAUUAGAGUACUGAUACUAGUUUCAUUUGAGUUAAAAGAAACAAUACUAGUGUUAUACGGGGUGUAGUUGUGAUUUCAGCAAGGCUCGAACCCACGAACUACGGGUUUUGUUAUAAAAUUUUAAGGAAGUAUUGCUAUUUAUCAAUUAUAAAUAAAAGAGUCUGAACAUUUCGCAACCAAAAUAUAUUUUUGGCCAUUAAAUUGACAUGAAUAAAGAUCUGUUCUUACUACCACACAUGACUGAGCUUUAAAUUGUAUGUAUCUUAUAUCUUGAU